CUCCUCUUUAUCUCGCGCUCUCUGUCAUCAGAGCAGCUGUUGAACAGACGAACUCCUCCACGGUCACAGUGAAAAUGCCGGGGCUGCUGCUCGGAGAUGUAUUUCCUGAUUUCGAAGCAGAGACUACCACUGGCAAAAUUAAAUUCCACGAAUAUCUCGGUGACUCAUGGGGAAUCUUGUUCUCCCACCCCAAAGACUACACCCCUGUGUGCACCACGGAGCUGGGUCGAGCUGCCAGACUGAGCGAGGAGUUCAGUAAACGCAAAGUCAAAAUGAUCGCCUUGUCCAUCGACUGCCUGGAGGAUCACCACGGCUGGACCAAGGACAUCCUGGCGUACAACUGUGAGGAGUCUGCCUGCUCCUCGCUGCCCUUUCCCAUCAUAGCGGACUAUAAGCGGGAGCUGGCAGUGGCCCUGGGCAUGCUGGACCCAGACGAGAAGGACAAAGAUGGCAUGCCGCUCACUGCCCGCUGUGUGUUUAUCAUUGGCCCCGACAAAAAGCUGAAACUGUCACUGCUCUACCCCGCCACCACAGGACGCAAUUUUGAUGAGAUCCUGCGGGUGGUGGAUUCACUCCAGCUCACGUCAGGGAAAAGAGUGGCCACGCCUGUUGACUGGAAGCCUGGAGACUGUGUGAUGGUUCCUCCGAGCAUGUCUGAGGAGGAGGCUGCCUCUUUGUUUCCAGAUGGCGUCUACACCAAAGACCUGCCGUCCGGAAAGAAGUACCUGCGCUACACACCCUGGCCAUGAGCACAACACUGACCUCAGUCACAGACUCCACCUAAAUCCAGCAGGUCUCAAUGGUCCCCUGGUCUUCAGGGACUUGAGUACUGCUGGACUCUUCACCAGAUAAAUCAGUCCUUGAUAAAGCAGAUGGAAUAAAAACCAACAGCUUAAGAAUUACGGAUUUUAAGAAUGUAGACAAUUUUAUAGCAGGUACAGCUUCAGUAAGGAAAACUGCAUUUUUUGGCCUUCUUUUCUAAAGGGGAAGUUGCUUUUCAAAGGUUCUGGUUGAGAUGAAUCAACAUACAUUUAGACACUUAGAGAAUACAGUAUGACAAAAGAAGUUUGUAUUUUAGAGCAGUGACACUCUGGCAGGAAAGGCAAGAGCAGAACUGGUUAUAAUAUGUGUCUCAUUCUGGACACCCAUGAACCCAUUGUUUCUGGACUGAUGCAAGAGGAAGAGGUUUAUGCUGUCGUUUACACACACAAUGUGGCAAUGACCGCAUCAAACAUAGUUAGCUAUUUCAUUACUAGGCACCACCUUCUUAAUUUUUCCCCUAACAAAAUGAAAUGGUGAAGUAUUUGCAUCGUGUACUAUCAAAUAAGCAAUUGUCAUAAGUCUGCAUUUGUUCAGCCAGGCUGAGCUAAUUCAUUUCAUUCCAGUUCUUAUAUGUCUACUGUACCUUUACUGUAAUGACUGAGUGUAUGAUGUAUGAAUUUCACCUGUGUGGGACAAUAAAAGCAUUAUGGCUGCUGUAUUAUUCCACUAAA